AUGGCUACAACGACCGUUCUUGAGCUUUCCGAGCUCUCAGAGCGAUACAAUGCGCCUGUUCGCACCACCAGCAAAACCUCGCACGCUGGAUACAACACUUCACCCAUAGGCUCCGGAUAUGCAACACCUCCUCCGCAAAUUGAAGCAGCAACCAUCGUACUGACUGGACAGCCCGAAUUCUCCUUGCCACCUACAGAUAGAGGAAAGAGUGCUUGGAUGUUCCUUGUUGCGAGCUUCCUGAUCGAAGCGGUUGUUUGGGGUAACGAGUCAAUCUUUCGGUGCUUCAGAUUUCCCUUUUCUUUUGGCCUCUUUCAAGACUACUAUCAGACUCAUGAGCCUUUUGCUGGGUCAUCUGGUAUCGCAACGAUUGGAACUUGUGCUAUCGGUGUUAGUUACAUGGGCUUCCCCAUAGUCGUACUCUUGCAGCGGCUCUAUCCCCGCGCAACCCGAUAUGGCCCUAUAGCUGGUCUUUUGGUCAUGUCUCUGUCCCUGGUGGCAUCUUCUUUUGCCACGACCGUGCCGCAACUCAUCGUAACCCAAGGAAUAUUUUACGCCAUCGCGGCCUGCACAUGCUACUGCCCAUGCAUGUUAUACCUGGAUGAGUGGUUCGUGUCUCGUAGAGGCCUGGCCUUUGGAAUAGUGUGGUCCGGGACAGGUACCGGGGGUUUCCUCAUCCCUUUAUUGCUCGAGUUUCUGCUCGGGAAAUAUGGCUUCAGAACCGCUCUACGCAUAUGGGCGGUCACUCUAUUGAUCGUCACAAUGCCGCUCAUUUACUUUGUCAGGCCUCGCCUCCCAAUAAGCUCAUCCACACACGCCAAACCUUACAAACUCACGUUCCUCUUGGACAAGACCUUCCUUUUCUACCAGUUCGCCAGCAUGGCUGAAUCCAUCGGGUUCUUUCUGCCUGCUGUCUAUCUACCUACAUAUGCUCGCUCCUUUCUAGGCGCGGGACACUUUCUAGCUGCCUUGACAGUCAUGCUCAUAAACGUCUCGGCUGUCAUCGGCAUGAUUGUUAUGGGGUCGCUCACCGAUAAAUUUAGGAUUUCGACCUGUCUGAUGAUCUCAACGUUCGGCGCCACGCUGGCCACCUUUCUCCUCUGGGGCCUGGCUAGCAACCUGGCCACACUUUACGCAUUUUGCAUUCUCUAUGGACUUUUCGCGAGUUCAUAUGUGUCAAUAUGGCCGGCCAUGACACGAGACAUUAUAUCCAGUGCUCUAUCGGUGGACGAAUCAGCUGCUGGGGAAAACAGGGCUGCCUCGUACGACCCCAUCAUGAUCUUGGGUGUUAUGACUGCAGGGCGUGGGCUGAGUAAUGUCGUGUCGGGGCCACUCAGUGAGGCGCUCAUAAAGAAUUUAUCAUGGAAGGACGAGGCAGCUUCGGCAUGGGGAAGUGGCUACGGGCCUCUCAUUGUUUUCACAGGAGUGACGGCAGUCUUGGGCGGUGCUACUGUCGUUUGCAAGAGACUGGGGUGGAUGGAUCGCUAUUAA